GUUGUCAAGUCUUUUGUUUGAAGACUUAUUAAGCCUCUUGUAGAAAACCCAGUCCUAGGGAAACCGUCUAUGUGUCUGGCAUGGUCCUCAGACAUCUGAAAUAUUUGAAAUUACAAGUUUGGCAGAAUUUCUGCGGUUUCUAAGUCUUGGAUCAGACAUAGUGUAAACUUUGCUGCGACGAGUGAAAAGAACAAAUCUUAGUGCAAAUAAAGGAAUAGUUCGAGUGGACGAUGUAGUGCCUGAUUAAAGUACUUAGUCGUAGGUAAGACUGGGCUAGAAAGAAACUACGGUACAGAUGUCUACUGCUAUUGCUGCUCAAGACAACCAACCCCCUCCCCAGCCCCCUGGGGAGGGAGGUGGAGCUGAUGACACCACCCCUGGGGAUCCUGUCUCCAAACCGUCCAACAUUGUAGUUGAAGCCUUCUCCAGCUCAGGCUCUGUUAGUAACAGGAGUGAGGAAAUCACGGACAAUGUUCCCGCCUUGACUGAACAAAAUGUGGCUGCUAAAGACAGAAUAGAGGAGGAAGAGGAUGCGAGAGUGUCAGAGGACCAAUGGGAGGGUAGGAGGCGUACUGACACGGACCACGCCACAGACAGAGCGACGCUCGGAACGGCGAAUGCCACGAAUGUAACCGUAAGGCUGCCGCAGGUCAUUCGGAGCAAUGAGGGAACGCCGCGCGGCAGAGCAUCAACACAGACGGCACACCCACUCACCCCGGCGAAAGCACGUAUUGACUACCUACCCACCCAUAGCGCAGACCUGAGGGCCCUGAACGCACUCAUAACCAGAAGUGGGACCAGGUUUUCCACUAGGAGCUAUCCUGCACAGGUCAUGAGGAUGUCAACAAUAUCACUCUCCAGAGCAAGGUCACAACCUACUCGGAUGGGAACGAACAACUACUUUGAAGAACAAAACAUCAAUAAAACUAUUUCAUGGGACAAAGCAAUGGAGAGCAGGCCCCCCCUACAGGUGGACAUGGAUGGGCCCGGACCCACCAGCUACAGGCCCAGGAACAAACCUCUGUAUGAGACCAACGCACCUUCCUUCACCUUUGGCAGAAAGUCUCCUCCUAGAAAUGGAGGAGGUAGAACUGCCUGGGCCACACCCUGGAUGCAAUCAGAGUCUGGAUUCACCAAGAAAACAAACUUUGAAAAAACGUGGCCAACUCCUGUGCAUUAUCCAAACAAACAUGAGAAGCUAGCACUGGUAGGGAAGAGACAAGUACAUCUACCCACGUAUCCACAGUUCUCACUAGGGGCACGCAGGGAGUUCGUACUCAAUAAAAAAGGAUCAGACUUUGAGCCUUCACCCAAUGAGUACAACAUCAGUUCAGCAAAGGUGGUUGUUUUACCAAAGGCACCCUCCUUCUCUGCUACACCUCGCAGGGGAACGCUGUGGGAAAAGAAAUCGGAGACCCCAGGUCCAGGUACAUACAGCCCCAGUACUGGCUGGACCAAACGUCACAACCCUGCCUUCACUAUGGUGGGGAUCAGGGGCAUCAAGAGACAUGAACUGGGACCACAUACUACAUUGUGAUGCACCAUUCAUUCAGUGUGUCCGCAUACAACAUUGUAACUGUGGGAUGUACCAUUUUUGUGUCUGCAUACUACAUUGUAAAUCUGGGCUGUAUUAUUCUCUGUGUCUGCAUACUACAUUGUAACUGUGGGAUUGAACUAUUGUCUAUGUCUGCAUACAACAUUGAAAAGUAGUAGUCCAAGGAAUUAGGGACUGAAGGACGACUUACAACAUUUGAACCGUUUGGAUGUAAAACUGUAUAACUGUAUGUAACAACCUGUCACAUUCCAAUAAACCACUGACUGUUGAUCACCAAACAGGCAAGCUGUGAAGGAUUCAGAAGUGAUGCAAACAGUUGUAAAAUGUUGCAAUGAAAAGUUUUGCUGAAUAUUGAGAUUUUAAGGACAACUUCACAAACAUUACAGCUGUGUUGGAGAACAAUGAAUUCCAAGGUAAUUUUGAAUGCACAGGAUUCUUCAUGUGUUUCCUUUUUGAUGAUAGAAAUAUUGGGUUAUUAUGUUUACAGUUUUGUUUAUCUGUAUUGUAGUAAACAUGGACCAGUGUGGUAUAACGUUAAACAGGUUUGCUUUCUUUGUAACAAUAAUGCUAUGGAAAUAGUUAUUAUUAUUGUAAAUUCAAUUGUAAUAUACAUGUAAAUGAUAGAAGUAAUGACAAUAGUUUAAAAUCUGAUGAACAUAGUGUAAAUCUUCAAUUUGUAAGAAAUGUUGAUAAAUAGGUUGUAACUGGGAAGAAUACCAUUGUAACAUUUUUGCUUGUAAAUAUUGCACAUUUCUACUUGAUGCUUCCUAUACGGUGCAAACUCUGCCUCAUGAGAUUUAAAUGCUAAAUAAAUUCAUAAGUUAAAUUGAAAA